GUCGUUCUGUACACUUAUUUAACCUUGAUCCCGCAGCCGAAAAGUUUGAGUAUGAUCCUACGAUAGACAUUCGAGAUCUUAUCACUUUAGAAGAUGUCAUGGAAGAAUUACAGUAUGGACCUAAUGGAGGGUUAAUAUAUUGUCUCGAAUUUUUACUAAAUAAUAUGGAUUGGUUGGAAGAAGAAUUGGGUGAAUAUGAGGAUGAUUAUUUGAUUAUCGACUGUCCAGGUCAGAUUGAGCUGUACACACAUUUUCCAAUUAUGCGCCGUAUUUGUGAAUGUUUGCAAAGGAUGCAUUUUCGUAUUUGCGGAGUUUAUUUGUUGGAAAGUCAAUUUAUACAGGAUAAUUCGAAAUUUUUUGCUGGAGUCAUGAGCGCAAUGUCAGCAAUGGUUAGUUUAGAAAUACCACAUAUAAAUGUUCUGUCAAAAAUGGAUUUGUUAGGAAAAGUCAGAAAGAGGGAGUUAGAAAGGCGAGCGCAAAUUAUUGUCUCUUAUCCUUUGUUGUUAGCUGAUGAAGCAAAUACAACAAUGAACCCGAAGUACCACGAUUUGAAUAGAGCAAUUGUACAAUUGAUUGAUGAUUAUAACAUGGUUAGUUUUCUUCCGUUAAAUAUAAAUGAUGAAGAUUCUAUAACAGCUGUGAUGUCUCACGUGGAUAAUGCGUUGCAAUUUGGUGAGGAUCAAGAACCGAAAGAACCCAAGGAUGAAUUUGAUAUUGAGUAUGAUGACUAG